AUGAGGCCCCCAAACGCCUCGACGGUCUUCAGAAAACACCUGACACCGUUUGAGCAGAGGGGAAUCAAACAGUACAAGGAGGUGUGGUCCCUUGGCAUAGCUGAAGAGAAGGUUCAGGAGACAUACCCCCUCCGCCAUGGUGAUGAUGACAGUGAGGGACACUACAAGAUGAUGCAGGUUAUCAAAGACCACAUCGCCUACCGCUAUGAGAUCCUGGAGCUGAUGGGUGAGGGCACCUUCGGUCGAGUCCUCAAGUGCAGAGACCACAAAACCCAGCAGCUGGAAGCCAUGAAGGUCAUUGCAAACGACCAGAGGUAUGCAGAUGAGGCGAUGGCAGAGGUGGAAAUUCUGGAGCUGCUCCAGAAGAAAGAUGUGCUUGACGUGGCCAACGUCGUCCACAUGAAGGAGCACGUCCACUUGCGUAACCAAAUGGACACUCAUAACUAUAUUUAAGAUCGAUAUUUCAUUUGGGAAAAAUAUACCUCCUGCCGUCUCGGUACCUCUGGAGGUACUGAGACGGGGACCGGUGGGUGGAGGCAGUGGAAACGACCACCGGUCGCCAGACACUGGGUCGUUG